AUGAUAAUAUUAUUUUUCUUCACCUUAUGUUAUGCUGGUACGAUUUGGCCAGGCUUUAUUAGUAAUACAAUUGCUAAUAGAAAUCAGUAUUCUGAUUACACAAUUUAAGUGAUUCCAGAAACUAAUGUCCCUGCAGGGGGUUAUAUAGAAAUAAUAUUUCCUAUACAAUAUUAAUCAGGUUUAGGAGAGAAAGCUUAUUGUACAAAUUGUACUAUAAAUGGACACACUAUAUUAUUUUAUUUUGCUGAUACUCCAAUUUUGAGUGUGGCAAAUACUCUCAAAAUAUAUAACAUUCUAAAUCCUGCAGAAAGAGGAGGAACUGGUAAUUUUAUUAUAAGAACGAAAAGAUUUGAAUUCAUAUAUGAUGAAAACUUAAUAUUUUAAACAAUUGGUAUCGCAGAUGAUAUAGCUUAGUUAAGUUCAUGUAUAGUUUCAUUUGUUGAUCCUCCAACUUCAGGAAGUUUAGGAAAAUACAAUUUUGCUUUUAAAACCAACAUCAAUUUACCUUUAGGAACUACAAUUUAAUUAUUUAUACCUAAUGUGUAUAUAAUAUCAGAUAAUCCAUCCUGUUCUCUUUAUUCAAUUAAUGAUCUAGUCAUUGAAGGGAAUAUUGUAUGUAAAUUAUUGGAAGGCAGUAGAGUAUAAGUUAGUGGAUUUUCUAAUGAUAUAACUUCUGGGAGUGAAGUAGGAAUUCAAAUUUCAUUGACAAAUCCUUCGUAUUCAUAAGUGACUUCAACUUUUAUUAUUGCUGCUUAUCGAUAUGGAACUUCAAUUAUUUACACUUGGAAAACUGGAAUAAAUGGUAUAUAGAUAUUGCCUGGUUUAAUAAAAGACAUAUCCUUAUUGCCAUUAUAAAAAGUAAGGUUAGCUACAGAUAAAGUAAUAGAUUAUUAAUUGAAAUUCUUGGCUACAAAUUCAUUACCAGCAGGAUCAGCAAUAAUGAUCAAAUUUCCAAUAACUUUUUAAUUGGUAGAGCCACCUUUUGCUUAUUUAUUUUUUAAAUCUGGUUUAGAAGAUAUAUCUGAGAAUAGCCCUUUGUUAAUUUAGGCUGUAGGGUAAGAUAUUUUGAUAACAAAUUAUAAACCAACUCUUCCAAAUUAGAUUAUAAUUUAAUUUAGAGCAAAGAAUCCUUCGACUGCAGGUCCAUCUUCCGCUUUAGAUAUUCGUACUUGUACAGAUAGUACAUGUGCAAAUAUUAUUGAUUAAAAUAAAGUCGAUGCUAAAAUUUAAGUGGAAUUUGUCGGUAUAAAUAAUUAUUAUUUAUAGCUUCACUUAUUUUUAACUAUGCAGUAUUAAAUCCAAAAACAUCUCAAUAAACUCUAACAGAUAUUACAUUUAAAAUUACCCCCUAAUCUGUUAUUCCAGGAGGAGCAUACAUAAAAGUGCUUUUAGAUUCUGCAUUUUAUGUAGGAACUGUUACAGCAGCCAACUGUAUCUCCUUAAAUUAAUUAAUUAUUCCUUUUUAAAUUCCUUCUAUUAUGUGUAAUAAAUCUGAUAAUCUCAUCACAUGGUAAAAUCCUACUUCAGUUUAAUAUAAUGUCAACAUAGAAUAUUAAUUUAUGAUAAUCAAUUUAGUGAAAACUCCAACCUACUCAGGAAAAUACACCGUAGAUAUUGAAAUAUUCAAUUCCUAAGGAAGUUUAUUAUAAUCAUACACUAAUUUGAUAGAAGUGGACCCCUUAAAUUUAGCAUCUCCUACAUUAGAAUUUGUAGGUCCUGAAUAAUCAACUGUUGGUCCUUCCAAACCUCGAUACAGUGUUUUAAUUGCUACAUUUUAUAAUGAAAUCAUAAUUCCAGAGGGAGGAUAUGAUUAGACUAAAUAAAUUGCUUAAGGAAGGAUUAAAUUUCAAUUUCCAGAUGAUUCUCAUUAUCUCAAUAGUUAUUUAGGUACUAGUUACAAGGAAGGAGAUCAAAUACCUUGUAAAGCAGUCAAGGGAUUAUUACCUAUGAAGAACUUAAAGAUUUAAUGCAAUAUAUAUUCUACAUCAAAUGGAGCAUUAAUUAUAAUGCGUAAUUUUAAAGAGAUACCUUAUAGAAGUAAUAUUGAAAUUCAUAUUCCUAACAUAUAAAAUCCUGCUAUAGCAACUGCAUAAUUCACUAUUACUAUUUUUUAGAAACAAUUUGGAGAUGACACAGAUUUAAAUAGAUUUAUAAAGUUAUAGUCUUUUAGAACUUAAUUUAAUUUAAAUCCAGGAGUAUCAGUCAGUUAGAUGUAAAUUAGUAACACUAAAUUAUCUGGAGUAUUUAAUGUCUCAUUGGAUAUAGUUCCUGGUAAUGAUUUUGAAGAUGGAACAGAUUUUAUUGUUAAAUUACCUGGAUAUGAUACAAUGUUCAUUCCUGAUGAAGAAAUUGUAGUUUGUUACAUAGAUACUUAUUUAACUCCAUGUGUUACAUAUCCAGGAGUUGAUUGGAUAUUAAUGAGAAUUAAAACUCCUCAAACACAUUAUUAUACAGCUGCUGUGAAACCAAGAUUACAUUUAUAUAAUUUGAGAUGGCCUCGUUAUUCAGAUUCUGUUGGUUGGGUUUAAUGGACAAUGUUAAAGGAUCCUUUCAGUUCAGGUAUGAAUUAUGAAGUUGAAGCGAGAACUUUAUAUUAUAAUGGAGGUACAGCUUAUUUUUAGGCUCCUGAUGUGAAUGAUUUUGAUGAAGCUUAAAUUUUAUCUCCUAAGAAAGGGAAAGGAUUUGUUGGUUUGAAUUUUGAAUUUUAUUUUAAGACAAAAUAUUUGAUACCUGAUGGAAGUGAAUUCAUAUUAACAUUUCCAACAGAUUUCAGUUUAGAUGGAUCUUAUCCUUAACCAAAAUUUUAAGCUCCAUAAUUUUAUUCAUAGAGUGAAUAAAAGCCUUUAUUAUUUGUUGUAUCUGGUAAUGUUUUAAGAGUAAAGAAUAUUAAAGAGCAUCCUGCAAGUGGACCCUUUAGAAUUGUAGUAUAAGGAGUGAAAUCAAGUAGACAGCCUUCAAUUGGUUAAGCAAAGCCAUUUUUGGCAGAAUUAUAAGUGGGUGGGAAGUCAAUAGUAAAGACAUAGGAUACAAUAAAUGGAUUUGAUUAUUUUGAUUAUGGAACUGAUUUUGUUUCAGGAAAGGUAAUAUUUAAUUCGAUAACAGCUUUUCCAUCUAAUUAAUUGGAAUAUGCAAAAUAUGAAUUUAAAUUUAUAUUGACAAAUGAAUUGUUAGCAGGAGGUGAAAUAUCAAUAACAUUUCCAAAAGAGUAUUAUCCUAAACUUCCAAUUCCUGAGAUAGAUUGUAGAUGUAAUGUAACAGGUGCUUUAACUUCUUUCAAGAGUUGUAAAUUAUGGGAUAAUACUUAUAUAAUGAUAACUGAUGAGAGAUAUUAGAGUGGUGAAAUAACAUUCUAAAUUAACAAUGUUUUAAAUCCCUUAUCUGGCGAUGCUGGAUUAUUUACAAUAACAAGUAGAUAUGAUAGUACAUUUUUGGAUAUAUCAGAUGAUUAAUUGAAGAGUGUUAGAUAAUUAUAUAUUUCUGCUAAAUCUGAACCAGUAUUAGUUUAGAGUAUAGACUUUGCACCUAGGAAUGAAGGAGAAGAAGCAACAUACACAUUUUAAUUUGUUCCAUCAACUUAUAUUGAUACUGCAUUUAUUGUUUUAGAGUUUCCUGAAAAUUAUGACACUCGUUUAGGAAAUACAGUUAUUUGUAAACCAUAUGAUUGUAUAGCUCAAAAUAGAUAAAUUUGGGUUAGUGGAGUUACUAAUUAUUAACCAUUAGGAACUAAUCCAAUAAUAGUUAUAGUUUCAGGUAUAAUUAAUCCAAAUUAGAAUAUUAAUGAUUAAUGGACUGGUUAUUUCAGAAUUGGUGUUAUUAAAUAAAAUGCUUACAAUUAUAUUGAUUAUAAUUCUAAAGCUGGUCGACUUCAAGUAGUACAAGCACCAGGAUGGUCUUAUUUAUAUAAUGUACUCCCUUAGAAUCUAUUCUCAAGAUGGAGCAAUACUUCAUACAUGUUUAAUAUGACAGCCUUAUUGAAUGUACCAAAAGAAAGCAGUUAAGGAAGCAUUAUUAUUGAUUUUCCAAAAUAAUUCGAUAUCCCUGAUGGUCCUAAAGGAUGCGCAAUCUAUAAAUCUACUUUUGCAUCCAAAUUAACAUGCACUUCUUUAACCAACAGUAUUACUAUUUAAGGUAACACUGAAGAUAAAAAUGGAAUUAUUACAUUCAAUGUUACUGAUAUUGCUAAUCCUUCAGAUGAAGUUACUAUUGAUUAAAUCUUAGUUAAAACAUAUGAUGGAUUUAAAAAAUAAAUUGUUGAAAAAUCAUAUAAAAAUUUAGAUCCAUGGACUUUUACUUAUAAAUUUCCAGGUCCUCUUAUUACUAUUAAUGAUGAUAGUAUCAUUACUGUUGAAAGAGGAACUCAAACUAAAGAUCUUUGGUUUAAAGUUGCUUAUCCAUGUGCUCUUGAUUUAGUAUUCACUCCUAUUAGUGAAUUAACUAUAGUUCCAAGUCAAAUUAAACUUUCCUUAACUGAUUUACAACAAAAGUUUAGAGUCUCUGCAUCAUAAACUCUACAACCAGGAACAUAUUACAUAACUUGGAAAGUAACUGGAGAAUUACCUGAUAUUCCCUAUUAUACUCCAGUUAAGAAAAGUAUAGUUAAAGUUACGAAUAAUAAAAAUAUUAGAGUUAAUGUACCUACUCUAAAUGAAGUUCCUAUUGGUGGAAAUUCACUUGAUACUUAUGUUACUGUUGAUUAUGCUCCUGAUUUAGGAUUUGAAAUCCUAUUAACAUCUUUUAGUACUGCCUUAACUCUAGAUAAAAGAAGUAUGUAAUUUGUUGCUGGUUAAAAUAAUGCUACUUUCAGAGUUAGUUGCAAUAAAACUGAAUAUUACAAACUUUCAAAUAAUAAUCUUUAAAUCUCAUUAACAUUAAGUGGAAUCAACAAAGAAGUCUACUUACUUACCUAAACACUCAUUGAUAUUACAAUAAUUUAAGAAGAUACAGAACCUCCAUUCAUUACUGGACUUUUAAAUGAUUAAACUAGUUAGACUUAAACUAAUAUAAUAUUCAGUGUUGGUGAAAUUGCUGUUGUUUAUUAUAUGAUAGCCUUAUAAGGUACAUAAUAACCAACUAAUAAACAAUUACUUGAUUUAGGUCCUGCUUUAUUUAACACUACUUAAUCACAAUUUGGAAAGGUUUCAAUAGGAAAAACUAAUACAAAUACUGUCAGAAUAAGAAAUCUUAGAGCAUAAACUAAUUAUGUUGUAUAUGCUAUAGCUGAAGAUAGAAGCUCCUUAUUUAGUGAUAUUAAAUCAUUAAAAUUUAAUACUACUAAUAGAUUUAAUGCCAGUAGUGUAACAUUAACUUUUAAAUAAAGCUAUUUAAAUUAAGCUGAAAGAUAAAAUAUAAUGAAAAGAAUAGCUUUUGUCUUAUCAUUGCCUUCAACAAAAGUAAUUGAGAAAACAUCAUAUACAACUUAAAGAAUAUUGUAAUCUGUUUCAAUUGGUUUAUCAGUGUUUUUAAUAAGUAUUCCAACAACCGAAAACUUCCCUUCUCCUUAUAAUAUGGUUGCAAUUCUGAAUCAAAGAUUAAUUCAAUUAUCUAAAUUAGUAUCCAAUCUUGAUACAUCUGCAAAAUUAGAAGCUUAAGAUUUUACACCUGUUUAUCCAUCCUUUAUGAUUAAACCUUCUUAAGUAAGCUCAGAUUUCACAACCUGUACUGUUUAAGGAACACUUGAUAUGGUAGGUGUUUUAUUUGUUAUUUCUGUUAAAGCUGCUUAAGAUACUGCUUCACCUUUAGCAUAAUAAGUAUGGUGGGGAUAUAAUAGUCAAAAUCUAGCUAUGCCAGCUAAUUGGACUUAAGUAACUAUUCCAAAUUAAGCAUACUAAAUUGCAAUUUUCAAUCUUACUGAAGACACUGACUACAAUGUGUAAAUUAUUAUUAUUAUUACAUAGGUAUAUGAUUGCAGGUUCAGCUCAUCCAGGUUAUCCAGAUCUAUCUACUGACGAAAAAGCUGUUAAUUUAGUUUCAUGUAGAACUAAAGCAAAACAACCAGAUACUAUCUUGGAUAUCAAUUGGGAUAAAAUAUUGAUCCUGAACAUUUUAGCAUUUAUUAUAUAUUGA